AUCAGUGCGCUAUCGCUUCCAUUUACUUCGCUAUAAAACUAAAACGCCUACUGUGGAAACAGGACAGCGCUCAGAGAGAUAAACACAUUUAUCCGUCUCUGCCGUUCAGACUCGCUGAAGUGAGUUUCUCUUUAGCCUAAACUUCUUCUGUGGCUGACUUCAAAGCGACGUCUCUCUCUCUCUCUCUCUCUCUCUCUCUCUCUCUCUCUCUCUCUCUCUCUCUCUCUCUCUCUCUCUCUCUCUCUCUCUCUCUCUCUCUCUCUCCCCAUCGAUGAUUCUUCGCUAAGUCCUCGAGCGCUGCUGUUUCAGACCCUGUGGCCGCAUGGCAUUCCAUAGUCAGCAGUGCACGCCAGUCAGCUAUCCUGAGGAAAAUGACGAGACGCUGAGCGAGGUGUUCCAGACUGGACUUCACUCGAAACUGCACAGCCCCAAAGCCUCCACUGACCGCUCCAUCCCAAUGCACAGAAUGAUGGAAGGAUCGCCAUUCAGCCAUCAACACUUUCCCAUGUGCCAUGACGUCCCUCGGUCCCCCAAUGAUCAGUUUUCCAGAUACAAUCAGCAGACGCCUUACCCCAGCCAGGCCGAAGCUAACAGGCUAGACACAGAAGCCCAUUGGCACUACCCCAGCUACCGUAGCAGAAACUCUGAGGGAUGUUACACAAACAGCCUGCCGUCCUACCUGCCCUCCAAGGACUACUGCAGCUACCCUGGUGGCAGCUGCUUCUUCACCAGUGGGCCGCACUCUUUCCCAGGCAGACACAGCCCUGGCACCAGCAGCCUGGAGCAGCCCAGGUCUCUACACUCCUUUUCCCCGGCUCUGUCUGUGCACGCACAUCAUGCUAUGCCCCUUCCUGGCCUUCAUCCCAACAUGCCCUGCUGGGGUCAGUGUGGGCCGGUCCUGUUCCGAGGAGGCCACCCCCAUCAUCUCAGCCCUGGACCUGGAUACCACCUGCCCUACAACAGAGGCCCAGAGCACUACAGACGUGGACAUGCAGGAAGCACUGAAAAUGGACGUGUCUCUCCCAGACUGAGGCCCUGCAGCUCGCCGCUGUCCCAGGAACAGAGAAAAGUGUUUGUCACAUAUGAGGCAGACAGUGAAGAUCACCUGAAAGAGAUCAUCAAGUUUGUUGCUUUGCUCAGGAGCAACGGCUUCGACACACACAUCGAUGUUUUUGAGCAACAGCUGAACAGCAUCAGUAAGAUUGACUGCAUGGAGAGAUACCUCAAUGAGAAAGAUUACCUAAUUAUCAUCAUCAUCAGUCUGAAGUAUUUUGAGACGGUGACGGGUGCCGGUAUGAGUGUGGAGUGUGACGAGAGGACGUCCAACACCGUCUACAUUCACAAACAGCUUCAAAGUGAGUUCAUUCAGAACGGCUGCAAGAACUUCAGGUUCAUUCCUGUCCUUUUUCCUGGGGCGAAAAAGAGUUAUGUUCCAUCAUGGCUGCAGAACACACACGUGUACAGCUGGCCCCGGGACCGGGAUGAUAUUCUGCGGAGACUGAUGCGGGUGGAAAAGUACAACCCCCCACCCAUUGGCCCGCUGCCCACCAUCGUCUCAGUGCCCAUCUAAUGCUGCCACACUGCAUUUAGAAGCAUUUCAAAAGCACAACACAGAUUUUUUUAAAACUCUGAUGACUUUGAUAUUCACCAGCUUUACUGCUAGCUUUGUAAAUAUUUCAGUUCUUGUAAAAUACUAUGAAUUUUGAGAUGCUUUACACCAACCCUGGUCCUGGAGAUCAACCUUCCAGCAACAUGCAGCCACACCUGCUCCAGCUAAUUAACUUCACUGAGUGUGUUUACAUGCACUUAAUAAUUCAUACUUAAUAAUUCAAUUUAUUCAGUUAUAACAUUUACUUGAGUAAUCAGAUAAUGAGAAAACCUCAGGUCUACAUGAGUCAGAUCAAAUUUUUGCUUUGCAACCAGCCAAUAAAUUCACAGAAUAAGAUGUCAUGUAGUCACUUUAGUGGGGAAAAAAAAAAGAUAAUUUAGCUGAAUAUUUAAAUCAUUUCUUUCAUUCAUCAAGCACAUAGUUGAUUUCAGCAUCGCUCCCAAAAGUGUUUUGCUACCAUCUCGCAAGUGCCGCGUUAAAUACUGCUAUUUUCAGGACAGCUCUCUGUUAUUGCACAUGCACAGACUGAGAAAAUGUUUUGCACACAUGCAUUUGAGAUGCCUGAUUAUCCAAUCUAAGAAAUCAGAGUGUGCUCUUAAUGUCACAUUUGGAUAAUUAAGCUCAUUGAUCGGCUAAAUCAGAUGCAUCAGUGCUAGGUAAGGGGGACAGGGCCACAUGUUUAAUGUAGUUUGAAAAGUUGGACCUAAACUCUGCAGGAAUCUCCAGAAAGAGAUUUGGUGACCUCUGACACAUUUUGUUCAGGGUUGAUUUCAGGAGGCUUGGUCAGAAUUUUAUAUUGUUUAUCAUGUAUAUUAAGAGACGAGAGUUAUCGCCAAGAAUAAUGCACAGGUGUAUGUUACUCGCGCCAUCUUGUUUGUUUAUUCUAUGAAUAUCUGAGACCAAAUGAAUUAUUCUUGGACUCGACAAUUAUUUUAGACAUUCUGUUCUGUUCCUUGCUUUAAAAAAGUAUUUGGCAUCAUCAGCAUUACUUUCUGACACAGAUAUGAAAUAUUUCGGGAAAAAAAAAACUGGUAGAAAAGUCACUAGAAGUCUUUAGUCUGUUUUAAUGAUUUAUUGGUCAUUGAACAAAAUUCAAUUGAUUGUUUUUUCUUUCAUUUUUGUUCACAUUACCAUUGCAGAAUUAUUUGAUUCCACUUAAUGAAUAAGUGGUGUUAGCAUAUGGCUGGCAAUUAAAACAAUGAAGCGUUUACUGUUUUAACACAACUCUUCCUUUUUCAUAUAGAUUUUAGUAGUGAGAAAAUGCAUAAUUU